AUGAUUCAAUAUAAACUAAUAUAUUUUGAUGUCCGUGGUCUUGGUGAAGUAUCCCGUCAGCUGUUUCAUUUGGCUGGAGUUGAAUUCGAAGAUGUAAAAAUUUCAAGAAACGAUGAACAAGCGUGGCUGGAACUGAAAAAGUCAACACCUUUUGGACAACUUCCAAUUUUGAAGGUUCUGGACACAGAAUCCCAAAAAGAAAUCGAGAUUCCUCAAUCAUCAGCCAUUGGAAGGUAUUUGGCAAAUCAAUUUGGUUACGCUGGAAAAUCUCCAGAGGAGAAAGCAAUGGUCGACGCUGUUAUAGAUCAAUUCAAAGACUUUUUGGUCCCUCAAAAACAACUAACUCUUGCGGUUCGGACAAAGAAAUCGGAAGAAGAAGUGAAUAGAGUGAAAGAAGAAAUUGUAACUCCUGCAAAAAAUGAGUAUUUCAAAAUUUUGAAGAAACUAUUGGGGAAUAAUUCAUCUGGAUUUUUGGUUGGAAAUGGAAUAACUUGGGCUGAUCUUCAAAUAUCGGAUAACUUGACUACCUUGGAAGGGUUUGGAUUGUUCACACCAUUAGAAGAACCAAUUCUAGCAAAGUUUCAUGAAAAAAUCAUGAAUACUCCAAGUUUGAAGACCUAUUUUGAACAAAGGCUAGCUUCUCUUCUCUGA